ACAUGCCAUUCCCUUCCUUCUACAUCUCAUCAUAUUCCCAAACUGCAAAAAGAAACAUAAAACAAAUCGAAAUGAGUUUUUAUUUUCAUCAAGAUUCUCUUUCUCUUCAAUCUACCAUGUCUACAACUUUCACUUUCUUGUUUUUCUCUUUCACCCUUUUAUUUUCUUUCUUCUCUUUUCUUCUCUUCAUCUCAAGAAUCAAGCCAUGGUGUAAUUGCAACACUUGCAAAACAUUCUUAACCAUGAGUUGGUCCAAUAAAUUUGUAAACCUUGUGGAUUAUUAUACACAUCUUCUUCAAGAAUCACCAACAGGAACAAUUCAUGUGCAUGUGUUGGGUAACACAAUAACCUCAAAUCCAGAAAACGUGGAGUAUAUACUCAAAACAAAUUUCAACAAUUACCCUAAAGGUAAACAAUUCUCUACAAUCCUUGGUGAUCUUCUUGGCCGUGGUAUCUUCAACGUUGACGGCCAUUCGUGGAAGUUUCAACGAAAAAUGGCAUCUCUUGAACUCGGUAGCGUAGUGAUUCGUUCCUACGCUAUGGAACUUGUCAUCGAAGAAAUCAAAACAAGAUUGCUUCCUCUUAUAGCUUCUGUUGCCGAGAAAAAAACCGCAUCCAAAGCAGACAAUACCUCAGAAGAUGUUCUUUUGGACAUGCAAGACAUUCUUAGAAGAUUCUCGUUCGACAACAUUUGUAAAUUCUCGUUUGGAUUAGACCCAUGUUGUCUUGUUCCAUCACUUCCUGUUUCAAAUCUUGCAAAUGCUUUUGAUCUUUCUUCAACACUUUCAGCUCAACGGGCAUUAACGGCAUCACCGUUAAUAUGGAAGAUGAAACGUUUCUUCAACAUUGGGUCAGAGAAGAAGUUGAAAGAAGCGAUUAAGAUAGUAAAUGAUUUGGCAAAUGAAAUGAUAAAACAAAGAAGAGAAAUUGAGAAUGGAGUUGAGUCACGAAAAGAUCUUCUAUCUCGCUUUAUGGGUGCUUUGAAUUCACAUGACGACGAAUAUUUAAGAGAUAUUGUCGUUAGUUUUCUGUUAGCGGGUCGUGAUACCGUUGCUUCCGCGUUAACGGGUUUUUUUAUAUUGUUGUCGAAGAACCCGAAAGUGGAGGAAAAAAUUCGGGUUGAGUUAGACCGAGUAAUGAACCCGAAUCAAGAGUGUGCUACUUUUGAACAAACGCGUGAAAUGCAUUAUCUUAAUGGAGCGAUUCAUGAGAGUAUGAGGCUUUUUCCACCAGUUCAAUUUGAUUCAAAAUUUGCUCUUGAAGAUGACGUGUUACCUGAUGGAACUUUUAUAAAAAAGGGGAGUCGGGUCACUUAUCACCCAUAUGCUAUGGGUCGGAUGGAGAAUAUUUGGGGACCCGAUUGUUUGGAAUUUAAACCCGAGAGAUGGUUGAAGGAUGGUGUGUUUGUUCCAAAAUGUCCUUUUAAGUAUCCGGUUUUUCAAGCGGGGUCGAGGGUUUGUUUGGGAAAAGAGUUAGCUAUUGUAGAGAUGAAGUCUGUUGUUGCUUCUUUAGUAAAACGGUUUGAUGUUCGGGUUGUUGGACCGAACCAAGAGCCGCAGUUUGCACCCGGUUUAACUGCCUCAUUUAGAGGUGGUUUGCCGGUUAAGAUUUAUGAAAGAACAUGAUUUUUUAGAUUAAUUAGGCUAAAAUGUUAGGUUGUAAUAACUUUAUUUAGAUUGCAAUGUGAAUACUAUAUACAUAUACUAUUUUUGUCUAAUCUCACGUUUAAACAUUUCUUUAUUUCAAA